AUGGCUCCUACUGACUCGGGACACAAGACCCAAGACCGGACGACGUCCCAGGACCAGACUAGGACCAACCCCCUGCUAAUUUAUAACAAUGCAGACCACCUGAACAACGCUCUGGGGGCGAUCCGAGUCCUGGGACUGGAGAGAGAGGACCGAGAUUUGCAGCCUCAUCUGACCACAGUGUUGAAGAGUAUUAGAGACAAGAAGGGGGGCGCGCCAGAGCAGGUGGUGGUCAGUGGAAUCCUCCCUGUUUUGGCUUUGACCCUGAGGAACCGUGGCUCUCAGGCCGUUCUGGCCACGAGACUGGUGUCAGAACUGGCAGAUCACUCUCUGGUCCGUAAGGGUUUCCUGGACUCUGGUCUGGUCCCAGCUCUGAUCUCGGUUCUGACGAGUCCAGACCAGGAUCUGCUGAUCCACUCUGCUACAGCACUGGGCCGCAUGUGUCGAGAGAGCACUCAGCUUCAGGACCAGUGUGUUCGAUGUGGCGCAGUUCCUCGCCUGGUGUCCAUCCUGCUCCGUGCCUCAGAACGCCCCCUGCUGGAGGAGGCUUGUCUACUCGCGCUCUGUAACCUCAGUGGGCGUGACUUGAGUGACGAGGGGGGCGUGGCCUGGGAGAGGGGCGUGUCUGUGCACCCAGGUGAGCGCUGCUUCACUGGAUCCUGCCCCCUCCGGCUGUGGGCGGGGUCCUGGGUUACCGUGGUAAGGGUGAGUCAGUUUGCCCCAGGGCAGGUGUGGCAGGUGUCUGUGAAUGUGGAGGUGAUGAGGAGGUGCACUGCAGGGUCCUGGGAGCGCCUCCAGGGGGCGCCCCACUCACUGUUCAGUGUGGUCCGCACAGGAGCCAACGUCUACAAGGUCCUGAAGAAUUGGACCAGGACCAAGACAGGGACCAAAAGGAGACCCAGAAACCUGAGAACCAGAGUGUUUCAUACUCUACUAUGA